AUGAUAAUGAAGGAAGAAGCGAACAACGAGAAGCCGAAUGAGCAACAGUGGGUACUCGAAGCGCAAGCCAUCAUCGACGACGUGAAGCAGCAUGUAACCGACAUCAAGGUGUCGAACAAACUACGGAACAGCAACCAAUCCUUCCAUUUGAACUUGACCACGCUAGAGGGCUCGAGAUUUUGCAUAGAAGUGUCGAGUGCUGGUUUUACCAUCGUUGGUAACGAACACGACGACGCGACGUCGAAGAGAGAGAAUGAGCGUUUCGAGACGCCGUACAGCUUGUUGAACUUCGUUAGCCUGCAGUAUAAAGACUCGUUUGGAAGUUCGCUUGUUCACAGGCUUGAGCAAUUAAACGACUCGAGCAAAUUUAAUUAG